AGCAAGCAGUUGAGGUUUUGCAUUUGGGGUGCCCUGCUUUGCGUUGGAGCCCGCCUUCUUUCUCUUUUUCUCCUUCCCUCUCUUUUGUUUGUUUGUUUGAUUCUUUCUUUCUUGCGUCCAUAUUCAUUUAUUCAUCUGCCGACACAAACACAAUCAACAGCAAACCUCUGCCUUUUUUAUUUGCAAGAGAAGAGCCUUCUUCUGAACGCCGUUGUCUCAAACUCUGGGUGGACAGACAGGAGGGUGAAGAAGAAGAAGGGGUUUUCUCUCUUCCUCUUCUUCUGUUAACCAUCUAUCUGCAUUGCUAGCCCAUCUUAAUUUCUUCUCUCCUUUGGAAAUAAGUAGUAGGUGGAAGGAUUUGCAGUUUUAGGUGAAGAGAGAGGAAGAGAGAGAGCAAGGGAGGGGCUUUCCAAUUCCAACCAAUGACUGUCAGUCUAUAGCUUCAAGCACAUUGUCUUGCCUCUAGCAACAAGGAGAGGAGAGGAGAGGAGAGGAGAGGAAUAACAGAGAGGGAAAUGGAGAAGCUGCCAUCAACAACGUUGCUCCCAGAUGCAUUCCAGGGGACAAGGGAUGACAUAACGGAACAAAUGGGGUUCGUGUGGCAGCAGAUAAAGGCGCCGGUGAUCAUCCCACUUCUCAGGCUGGCGGUUGUCCUUUGCCUCAUCAUGUCACUAAUGCUGUUCGUGGAGAAGGUGUACAUGGCUUUCGUCAUUAUCCUCGUCAAGCUAUUCGGUAAGAAGCCUGAACAAAGAUACAAAUGGGAACCCAUCAAGGAUGAUCUCGAGCUUGGCAAUUCUGUUUAUCCUAUGGUUCUAGUCCAGAUCCCAAUGUACAAUGAAAAAGAGGUUUACCAGCUCUCCAUUGGAGCCGCAUGCGGGUUAUCAUGGCCGUCGGAUCGCAUUAUAAUCCAAGUGCUUGAUGACUCCACAGACCCGGCCAUCAAGGAUCUGGUGGAGAUGGAGUGUGGGAGGUGGGCGAGCAAAGGCAUUAAUAUCCGAUACGAGAUCAGAGACAACAGAAAUGGAUACAAGGCCGGGGCUCUCAAAGAAGGCAUGAAACACAGCUAUGUCAAACAGUGUGACUACGUGGUCAUCUUUGAUGCCGACUUCCAACCUGAACCCGACUUCCUCUGGCGCACCAUUCCUUUCCUCGCUCAAAACCCUGACUUGGCUCUCGUCCAGGCCCGUUGGAAGUUCGUGAAUUCGGAUGAGUGCCUGAUGACAAGGAUGCAGGAAAUGUCCCUUGACUAUCACUUUACAGUGGAACAAGAAGUGGGAUCCUAUAAAUAUGCCUUCUUCGGUUUCAACGGGACUGCCGGGGUUUGGAGAAUUGCGGCUCUUAAUGAAGCUGGAGGCUGGAAAGAUAGGACGACGGUGGAGGACAUGGAUUUGGCCGUUAGAGCGAGCCUUAAAGGCUGGAAAUUUCUAUUUCUCGGGGAAAUCAAGGUUAAAAAUGAAUUACCAAGUACUCUCAAAGCCUACAGAUACCAGCAACAUAGAUGGUCUUGCGGGCCAGCCAAUUUGUUCAGGAAAAUGGCGUUGGAGAUCGCAAGGAACAAGAAAGUAUCCCUCCUGAAGAAAGUCCAUGUUAUCUAUAAUUUCUUCCUGGUUCGGAAGAUUGUCGCUCACAUCGUUACCUUUGUAUUCUACUGCCUGGUGAUCCCUGCAACUGUUUUAGUUCCUGAAGUCCAAAUUCCCAAGUGGGGUUCUGUUUACAUCCCUUCAAUCAUAACACUUCUCAAUGCUGUCGGGACUCCCAGGUCUCUUCAUCUGAUGGUAUUUUGGAUUCUGUUCGAGAAUGUCAUGUCUCUGCAUCGGACCAAGGCGACAUUCAUUGGCCUGCUCGAGGCUGGGCGAGUUAAUGAAUGGGUGGUCACUGAGAAACUUGGAGAUGCCCUGAAAACGAAGCUCGGUGCAAAAGCACCCAGAAAACUACGAUUCCGUAUUGGUGAUAGAUUACAUGUAUUAGAGCUGGGGACAGGAGCCUAUCUCUUCUUCUGUGGUUGUUAUGACAUAGCCUUUGGAAGUAACCAUUACUUCAUAUUCCUCUUCUUGCAAGCUUUUGCAUUCUUCAUCGUGGGGUUUGGUUACGUGGGCAUCUUCGUCCCUAACGCCUAAACAAAUUGGCUGGCUGGGCACAACGUAUUUGUCAUCAUUAAUGUUGCUUCCUGUUGCUGGUGAGCAGUUUCAUCUUCAAGUUGGAGAUACGCAUGCACCAAGCAUGGUAGCCAUUUGUCAUCAUCAAAAUGAUGGUGAGUAGCUGUAGAUAGAUAGAUACAAGGAGCAGUCUGGCUUCAAUGAAGAUAAGGAGCAACCAUCAUUUUGUUUUAUAUAGUGAUUGAUUGUGAAUAUAUAUGUUACGAAAAAUUGUAAAGAUACAGUUGUCGGCCAGAGUGAGCAGGGAUGCCGUGCACUAGCAGUAGCAGCAGUAGAGAGAUAAGAGAAAAGGGGGCUAAAAAAAUUUAUGUCAGCAUACAGCUUUAGAUAGUUUGUUAUUUAUGAUUUGCCGUUUACUUAUUUUGAGAGGCUUGUGUUCUUCAUUUGUGAGAAAAAGGAAGUCAGGUAAUAAUUCUAAGAUGGCUCUGUGAACCGUUUUUGCC